UUCCUGGGAUAAAUGCCUGCUCGGUGAGGGAGCCGAUAAUUUUGGGCCAUUUCUGCAAUGUUUAGAUACCAACCAGCUUCUCCGUGCCUGGUCGCGCACACGCUUCCUGCCGCAGCCGCUCCCUCAGCGAUGUCAGCGGCGAGCCCUGCACGGAGCCCGUGACACAAACGCGCACCGAGCGCCGCUGUCCUGGGACCGGCGGAUUAUCGGGGCGGCCCGCACGGGGCGCGGGAGGCUCGGCACGCCCGGGAGCGGCUGGAACCGCGGGCCCGAGGGGCUCCUCGCCCCGGGGGCCGUUUCGGGCGUCACCACCACCGGCCGCCGGAACACCGGCUGCGCCUGAGGGACUGACAGGGCCGCUGCUGCUGCCAGGGGUCCCCCAGUCCCAGUGCCGGUCCCUCUGCCCGUCCCUGUCCCUCUCCGUCCCGCCCCUUCCCGCCCCUCGGGCCGGCGCUGCGGCGGCUCGGCCAGGCCCGUCCCCCCGCGGGGCCCGGAUUGGCGGCGCCGCCGCCUCCCCGCCGCUGCCGCCGCCCGGCGCGGGCAGGAGCGGCCAGUGCCAUGAGCCGGGGCUGAGACUCUGACACAUCUCUGGAACCUGCAAUGACAAGUUGGAACAGUAGCCAUGCAGACAAAACUGGUGAAAUGUCCUCAAAGCAGUCAACACCAAAAGUGCAGGUCCAACGAUCUGUCUCCCGAGAAACCAUCACAAUUCAUUUCUCUGCAUUUGGGAAGGAGGAAGAAGAGGAGGAAGAGGAGUUUAAAGAUUUUCUUGACGAGGAACUAGAUGACCAAAGCAUUGUAACAGCACUUGAAGCCAAGGAAGACCUCUGCUUUGAGCAUACCGGCCAUGACCUUUUUGGUCCAGCUACCUCGCUUAACAUGGCCAACUCUGCAUCACCACUGUCCUCAUCGCCUGCAGUUCUGCCAGCUGCAGAAACUGUAAAGCUGUUGGACUCUCCUUCCCCAUCCCAAAUACUCAGUGCAGUGCCACCAGUUCUGUCUCCAUUGUCACACUCAUGUCACACAUUUGGCGCAUCAGGUGCAGCAGCACCACCUGUGGAACAGAAAUCCACUCUGUCUUCCCCAUCCUCAUCCCCUUCCAAAUCAGUUGCCUGCUCUAGCGGAUCAUCCACAGUUUCUAGUUCAAAGCCUUUUAAGGGGUUAGUCAAGUCCUUUUCAACAGAAGUGGAACCAAAAGAACCCACCCCACCGAUGCGACAUAGACACUUAAUGAAAACCUUGGUGAAAUCUCUGUCUACAGACACUUCUAAACAGGAGUCUGAAGCUGUGUCUUACAGACCACCUGACUCGAAACUGAACUUGCAUCUGUUCAAACAGUUCACUCAACCUCGAGCUACAGGUGGUGAUUCUAAAACUGCCCCCUCCUCUCCAUUAACAUCCCCCUCUGACACUCGUUCCUUUUUUAAAGUACCUGAAAUGGAGGCUAAAAUUGAAGAUACAAAAAGACGCCUUUCUGAGGUAAUCUAUGAGCCUCUACAGCUGCUCAGUAAAAUAAUGGGUGAUGAAAGUAGUAGCCACAGGCCCAAAGCCUUAUCUUCAAGUGCUUCAGAACUCUCAAACCUUUCCAGUUUGAAUGGCCAUUUGGAAAGCAAUAACAACUACAGCAUUAAGGAAGAGGAGUGUGAUUCGGAAGGGGAUUUCUCUGGGAGCGACUUUAACCUGACGAAGAGCGAUCAGUCAAGAGGGGCAGAAGAACAUGCAAAAGAGAUGGAGACCAAAAGCUCUCAGUCAGCAAGCACAAAGGAUGUGGGGUCAAAACCUUCACUUGUACUUGAAAAAUGUUUGUUGUCUGCACUAGUGAGCAGGGAGGAUGAAGAGUUUUGUGAACUGUAUUCUGAAGACUUUUUCUUGCUAGAGGAGGAAAGCAAAAGUGAUAAACCUGCUGAAACUGUGGUUGAGCCCGAGAUGACUGAGGAAACUGUUACUAUGCUCAGUAGUGAAGAUGAAAAUAAUCUGGAUGUGCAACAGUCUGAAAUACCAGUGAAAACUUUAUACUUAUUAAUACUGUUAGUCUAUGCUUACCUUAUUAUCCCUCUCCCUGGCUAUUUAAGUGGACUUUUACUUGGAAUGGCUCUUGGAUUUAUGGUAGCUGUCUGUAUGAUUUGGCUUCUUAUUCCACGUACUCAUGAAUAUCUCAAAUUGCAUAAAAGCAUGAAAAAGCGAUGGAAUACAGGAGCUCUAGACAUUAAGGAACCUGAAAUACUGAAGGGAUGGAUGAAUGAAAUUUAUAAUUAUGACCCAGAAACGUACCAUGCUACGUUGACUCACUCUGUCUACGUGCGACUCGAAGGCAGCACCCUUCGACUUUCAAAACCCAAUAAAAAUAUUUCUAGAAGAGCUGUGUACAAUGAGCCAAAGCCUGAAGUCACGUACGUCAGUCAAAAAAUUUAUGAACUAACAGACAGCAAGAUUUCCUUGGUUCCUAAGAGCCUGGCACGGAAACGCAUUUGGAAUAAGAAAUACCCUAUUUGCAUUGAACUCGCCAAGCAGGAUGACUUCAUGGCCAAGGCCCAGACUGAGAAGGAGACUGCAGAGGAGAAACCUGCUGAAAAAGUGGACUCAAACAAUGAGGAAUCCAAGAAACCUCAGGAUGGAGCAAAGUACACUUGCCAAAAGGAUCAAGUGCUUUACCUCUUUGGAAGGACGGGUAGGGAGAAGGAGGAGUGGUUCAGAAGGUUCCUUCUCGCAUCAAAGCUCAAGUCUGAAGCGAAGAAGCCACCCAGUUUGUGUGGGAGCAAGCCAGGGGUGCUGCCAGCACACAGCAGAACUGAUAGUCAGUCUGGAGUUCUCACACACAGCCGGAGCAGCAGCAAGGGAAGUGCAGAAGAAAUCACAUCCCAGCCAAAGCACAAGGACCUGUCUGGCAACGUGAGGCAGAAAAUGCUUCUGGACUACAAUAUUUAUAUGGCAAAGUGUGUUCCACAAGAAAAGAAAAGCCCUUCAGGUAGUCCAGUCCUCAGUGCAGACAGCAGCCCUACAGCUGUGAAGAAGUUGCCAGAUGCCAACGUGGAAGCUGAAGAAGAAGAACAGGAGGCCUGGGUGAACGCUCUGCUUGGAAGAAUAUUUUGGGAUUUUUUAGGAGAGAAGUAUUGGUCUGAUCUAGUGUCAAAGAAGAUCCAAAUGAAACUUAGCAAAAUAAAGCUGCCCUACUUCAUGAAUGAGCUGACUCUGACUGAGCUUGACAUGGGGAUAGCAGUGCCCAAGAUCCUUCAAGCCUUCAAACCUUCUAUUGAUCACAGAGGACUAUGGGUUGAUUUGGAAAUGUCCUACAAUGGAUCUUUUCUAAUGACCCUGGAGACCAAGAUGAACUUGACCAAACUUGGCAAAGAGCCGCUUGGGGAAGCGUUUAAGGUUGGCGAGAUCGGCAGGGAAGGUUUCAGGCCAAGGGCGUAUUGCCUUGCAGACAGCGAUGAGGAAUCCUCCAGCGCUGGCUCUUCGGAGGAAGAUGAUGCUCCUGAGCUGGCAGGAGAGAAGCAGGUGACCCCAGGAGCAGAAGGGUAUGUUGGAGGACAUCGGACAAGUAAAAUCAUGAGAAUUGUGGAUAAAAUUACGAAGUCAAAAUACUUUCAGAAAGCAACAGAGACUGAGUUUAUUAAGAAAAAAAUUGAAGAGGUCUCCAAUACUCCAUUGCUGCUAACAGUUGAAGUACAGGAGUGCAGAGGAACACUAGUGAUUAACAUUCCACCUCCACCCACUGACAGAAUAUGGUACGGCUUCCGAAGGCCUCCCUACCUGGAGUUAAAAGCGCGGCCAAAACUUGGUGAGAGAGAAGUUACUCUGGUUCAUGUAACAGACUGGAUAGCAAGGAAACUGGAACAAGAGUUCCAGAAAAUCUUUGUCAUGCCAAACAUGGAUGAUGUCUAUAUUCCUUUAAUGCACUCAGCCAUGGAUCCCCGCUCCUCCACAUGCCCUCCUCAAGAUCUGAGCACGGAGGCCUCUGAUCAACCAUGACAUGUGAAGACUCUUGCAGUUUACAGUAUUAUAAAAGUUACUCUCAUGGUUUUAUAAA